GCAAGCACUAAAUGGCAUGAGCUACAUGAUUGAGGUGUGAAUGGCUGUGGAUAAAGCUUUGAAAUUUGUUUUCACCUCUUCCUCUUAUGUCUGAACCACAGACAAGGUAACCGGCCCUCGGAGCUGCCAGGAGCUUCUCCAGAGCGGCCAUGACACCAGUGGGGUGUACCAGAUCUACCCUGCAGGGGUCAUCAGCCCCAUCCACGUCUACUGUGACAUGGACACUGAUGGGGGAGGAUGGACCGUUUUCCAGAGAAGACAGGAUGGUUCAGUAGAUUUCUACCUGGACUGGCAGGCCUACAAGGCUGGGUUUGGGGACCUGAGAGGGGAGUUCUGGCUCGGUAAUGAGAACCUGUACCACCUGGCAGCACAGGGAGGAUACGAACUGAGGGUGGAUCUGGAGGACUUUGAGGGAAACUCCGCCUUCGCCAAGUACGACAACUUCAGGGUGGAAGACGAAGGGCACAAGUACAGGCUGACCGUAGGGGCUUACUCAGGAACUGCAGGAGAUGGUAUGACAAUUGCUUCCUCCAUGCUCUUCUCCACCAAGGACAGAGACAAUGAUACCCAUGAUACAUUCCACUGUUCUCAAGCCUUCAAGGGAGGGUGGUGGUACAGCCGUUGCCAUACUGCCAACCUGAACGGCCUGUACCAUGCCGGGGCCCAUCAGUCCGAUGGAGAUGGGGUUAAUUGGGCAGGAUGGAAGGGAAAUAAUUAUUCUCUCAAGCACACUGAGAUGAAGAUAAGACCUCUCUAAAUUCACAUUGUCUGCAUCAUGUGUGCAAGGCCUUGAGGUGUGGUUUUAUUUAACAAAAGUUUAUUAAAAUUA